AAAUACUUGGUGGUGAAAAUAUUCCCUAUGCCCGAAAAAAAGGUUUGACGUCGACGACACGACGACGCGUCACCCGCACGAUGAAUAGGUACCGGUAACCGAGCGAGAGGGCUUUUGCUCUCUCAUUCUGUCAGAUGCGUUCAGAAAUUUUAAUUUUUUUAAAUGGUGUUGCUGAUUCGAUUUGAUACCAAGUACUUUUGUUUCGAUACGAGUAUGUAUCACAAGAUUGAUUCGAUGUUGUAAAUAGUUGGUAUCGAAUCAAAACUAGAGUACACACUCGUAUAAGUACCUGUCUACACAGAUAUAAAAAUAUUACAGUAGUUUUGUUGUUAUCAUUUAUAGUAAAGCAGUCGAGGCUAUCAUCGGAUCUGUUAAGUCAAUAGUAGUUUUUAUUCACAAACAGUUAAAUGUUGUUUAAGUUUACGUACGAGCCUAAAUAUUAUUUGCGAAAUGGCUAUAAUUCUCCUCCAGUCGCCGCCACCAAAAUUAGAAGAGGUGCAGCAAAAUGUUUUUGACAACGGCACAUUGGACUUUUUACGAAAUUUACACGAAAAGUUUGAUACUCAAAUAGAAGAGCUUUAUAGAAAACGACUACAAAGAACUGUGGAAUCUAAAAACAAAGCUUCUUUAGAAUUCAAGCAAUCUCCUGAAAGAAGUGAUAAAUCUUGGACCAUUGCUGAAUUACCUUCAAGACUUCAAAAUCGUCAUUUGGAUCUUGGUGAUGUUUCAGCAUCUAACACAGCCCAUUUUGUUUCUGCUUUAAAUGAGGAUGUCCAGGGUAUUCAAGUUGAUUUUGAUGAUGGCCAUUGUCCAACUUGGAGAAACCAGCUUGUUGCAUAUCAGAAUAUUAAUCUUGUUGUAAAUGGAAAACUACAGGGAGCUCCUCUUAAUAUCAGUAUGUGUCCUGUAUUGAUGCUAAGACCUAGAGCAUGGAAUAUGAUUGAACAUAAUAUUUUGAUUGAUGGGAAAGAAGCAAUUGGCCCACUAGUUGACUUUGGUGUUUUGAUGUAUCAUAAUGCAAAAAAGCUUUAUGAAACAAAAAGUGGUCCUUAUUUCUAUCUAUCUAAAUUAGAAGGCUCAUUUGAAGCAAAGUUAUGGAAUGAUAUAUUUGUGUGGACUCAAGAAGCAUUGGGUUUACCCCAGGGCACUAUUAAAGCUUGUGUGUUAAUUGAAAAUAUUAUUUCCACUUUUGAACUGGAAGAAAUAUUGUAUGCUUUGAAAGAACAUUCUCUGGGUCUUAACUGUGGCAUAUGGGAUUACUGUGCAUCUAUUAUUGCAAAAUUUGGCGAGCGCAAAGAGUACCUACUACCUGACAGGAACAAGUACGUGAACAUGGGGCAACACUUUCUCAGCAGCUACCUGCGGCUGGUGGUGAGCGUGUGUCACGAGCGCGGGGCGCCGGCCACCGGCGGGAUGGCGGCCGCUAUGCUCAGACCCGGCGCACGCGCAGACGAUAGAGAAUCUAAAGCAAUCAUAAAUAAAAUUUUGGAAGCCAAAUUGAAGGAAAUUGAGUCAGGCGUCGACGGCUUUAUGGUGUACGACUCCCGUGUUGUGCCUUAUGUCAAUGAGAUCUGGAAGAAACACGGAUCGACUCCAAAUCAGAUACAGCGUAAGAUCCUAGUGGACGUAACUGCGCGGGACUUACUCACGAUACCCAGUGGGGGGGUGACGCUGGUGGGGCUGAGGCACAACGUGGCUGUGUCCAUCCUAUUCAUCUACCAUUGGCUGGCGGGCAUCGGGCAUUUCUUCUACAGCGGCCACGUGGAAGACUCCGCCACUGCUGAAAUCUCCCGGGCUCAGAUAUGGCAGUGGCUGCGCUUCCAGCCGCCGCUAGAAGACGAGCCGAGCAAACGCGUCACAGCAGCGCUAGUGGAGAAAACAGCCGCCAGCUUCUCGGCACACGCGCACAAGAACCUUUGUCGUUCCAACGCCGAACGUAAGCGUUUGACCGCAGCUAGGUACAUGAGCAUGGAGCUGUUCCUAACGAGGAACCCUCCGGAGUUCAUUACUAGUUAUUUGAAUGAUAACCACAAAUUCAGGACCCUGCAUAACAAGGCGCUUUUCAGUAAUUUGUAGAAGUUAAUUAAUAGCCGGGAUUUCUGUUGUAACCUGGAUUUCUCCUAGUAAUUCGAACACCGAAUAGAUUUUAUGCCCUGUUUGUUUAGGUAUAAACAAUAUUGACAACCUUUUUUUUUCAAAUACACUGUGAAAUCAAAAUAUUUGUCCAAAGACUAAACUAUCUAUCUACUACUAUAAUAUCAUUAAGCUAAAUUAUGUUUUGUCCUGUUUUGUAUAAUUUCAAAUAUUAUAAAGUGUGAUGGUGACAAAACAUACUUUGGCUUUAAAGUAUGCUUUAACUUUAUGAAUAACGGGAUAUAGCUGUAAUUAAUUUGUAAUAUGAAACGAUUUUUUUAAUAGGUAUGUAUUAUAUCAAUGAAAAGACCUUUCUUACGUUUUUUAAAGUUAGAAGUAAGCUUUACCAACCUAAACAAACAUGGUAAGUAUACAUUUUUAAAGCUUCGUAGCCACUAAGCAUCAACUGACGAGCAGUAUAUCGCUCUUCUCUUUCGUAGAAACGUCACAACAUAUUAUGUGGCGGGUCAAUUAGCCAAGUGACCUUAUAAUUGCAAACAUUUUAUAUGUAUUUAGGUUAACAUUUAUAUAUACUUAUUGCUGAAUGUAAGGGAAUUGAGCAGGUGCUCUUAAAUUAAUCUCUGUUUGGUAUUAUUUACCUAAUAUAUUUUUAAUUAUAUUAACGCAUAAAUAUUAGAAGGAAAUUAUAAGCAAAAUCCUCUUAAGUGCAUAAGAGAUGUUUUUGCUUUAUAAUUUAAUAUUUUAUCGUAAGCCAAAUUUUGUGAUAGCGAAAUGUUGUAAGACAAAUUUUAUUUUAGGUUUUAGUGAGAACAAAAAAAUAUAAAUGCUUUAAUGAUAAAAUUUUAUGUUCUGUGAUAUUGUUAAAACCACAUUGUUUUUAUUUGAAUUGUAUAUUUUUGAAUCAAUAACGUUUUGUUUUUGUUAUCAAUAAAGUUAUCAUCAUUA